AUGGGGAAGAUUGAAGUGGACAAGAUCCUCAUUUUCAAUCAAGAAGUAAGGCUGCGGCAGCUUAUAAUGGCAACCCCUGAAGAAAGCAGCAACCCCCAUGACAGAGCGACACCCCAGCUGCCAGCACAGCUGCAGGAGCUUGAGCAUCGGGUGGCCCGGAGACGCCUGUCCCAGGCCCGCCACCGAGCCACCCUGGCAGCGCUCUUCAACAACCUCAGGAGGACAGUGUACUCUCAGUCUGAUCUCACAGCCUCAAAGUGGCAGGUUCUGAAUAAGGCAAAGAGUCAUAUUCCGGAACUGGAGCAAACCCUGGAUAAUUUGUUGAAGCUGAAAGCAUCCUUCAACCUGGAGGAUGGGCAUGCAAGCAGCUUAGAGGAGGUCAAGAAAGAAUAUGCCAGCAUGUAUUCUGAAAAUGACAGUUUUUCUCAGAAUGGUUCCUCCCCUUGGUAUCUCAACUUUUACAAACAGACGAUGGACCUUCUCACCAGCAGCGGGAUCAUUACUCCGCAGGAGGCGGCGCUGCCUAUCGUCUCUGCGGCCAUCUCCCACCUGUGGCAGAACCUCUCGGAGGAGAGGAAGGCCAGCCUCCGGCAGGCCUGGGCGCAGAAGCACCACGGCCCUGCGAGCCUGGCGGAGGCUUGCCGAGAGCCGGCCUGCGCCGAGGGCAGCGUGAAGGACAGCGGCGUGGAGAGCCAGGGGGCCAGCUGCUCGCUGGUCUCCACGCCCGAGGAGAUCCUUUUUGAGGAUGCCUUUGAUGUGGCAAACUUCCUGGACAAAAGUGAGGUUCCAAGUACAUCUAGCUCCAGUUCAAUGCUUGCCAGCUGCAACCCAGAAAACCCAGAGGAGAAGUUUCAGCUCUAUAUGCAGAUCAUCGACUUUUUUAGAGGCCUCAGCUGUGCAAACACUCAAGUAAAGCAGGAAGAAUCCUUUCCUGUUGACGAAGAGAUGAUCAUGUUGCAGUGCACAGAGACCUUUGAUGAUGAAGAUCUGUAAUGCAGAAGAGGGGCUGGGAGGGGAGGAACUCAAUGAGGUGGGCAGUUCCCAAAGUUGAAUGCUGGCAGCUAAGGUUGCACCUGCCUUGGCCUCCAGGACUCUUUGGAGUGGGUUGUUCCAGAAGAAUUUUGAUGAUUUUAGUUUCUGAUUAUUAUAAAGUAUAAGAGAAGC